UUUAAAAAUCCGGCGAAGUCAAUUAAUUGGAUACGAAAAGGCUUGCAUCUCGAGGAGGCAUUAUUCCCAAUAGCAUUUAUCUUCCGCAACGGGGAAACGGAAUGGCAGCUCCGCUCCGGUACGAGUGCGAGGAUGCGGAGGCUGAGCGAAGACGAAUUAACCAAGCAAGCAGCUGCCAUUUCGACUCCUCCACUUCCGAUCUCUGAGAUGAUGUGCCGGAGGACGUCGAACGCCUCGUGCUAAAGUAUGCUCGCUUCUCCUCUUUGGCUACGCGACUCUCUCAUCCUUGGCGGCGCAUAAGCAGGGAAUGACAACACGCCAAGAUGGUCCGCAUAAUCAGUGUGCUGGGUCUGAUCAUGUUCAGUGUGGCGCUGCUCAUACUGUCAUUGAUCAGCUACGUGUCAAUAAAAAAAGAUUUCAUCUUCACGGCCCCAAAAUACGCAAGUUCGGGUGGGCCGCGGAUGUACUUGUUCCAUGCUGGAUUCCGGUCCCAGUUGGCUAUGAAGUUCCUGGAUCCAGCUUUUACAUCACUCAACUCUGCCCUGAAUGAAGAUCUGCAGGGCAAGCCAUCCAACUGGAAGUUUAAUAGGACGGCAUAUUUACAGCAAAGCAAAGAGAUUGCUCAGUACAUCGAUGUCCCACACAACUUUACCCUCACCAAAGCCAGCGUGCGUGUGGGGCAGCUGAUGCACUAUGACUACUCCAGCCACAAGUACGUCUUCUCCAUCGGGGAGAACCUCCGCUCGCUGCUGCCCGAGAUCUCCCCCAUCCUCAACAAGCGCUACAACACCUGUGCCGUGGUGGGCAACAGCGGCAUCCUGACGGGCAGCCGCUGUGGGCCCGAAAUCGACAAGUUCGACUACGUCUUCCGCUGCAACUUUGCUCCCACGGAGGUGUUCCGCAAGGACGUGGGCCGCCGCACCAACCUGACCACCUUCAACCCCAGCAUCCUGGAGAAGUACUACAACAACCUGCUGACCAUCCAGGACCGCAACAACUUCUUCCUCAGCCUGAAGAAACUGGACGGGGCCAUCCUCUGGAUCCCGGCCUUCUUCUUUCACACCUCGGCCACUGUCACGCGCACCCUGGUGGACUUCUUUGUGGAGCACAAGGGCCAGCUGAAGGUGCAGUUGGCCUGGCCAGGCAACAUUAUGCAGUACGUCAACCGAUACUGGAAAAACAAGCAGCUGUCCCCCAAGCGGCUGAGCACGGGCAUCCUGAUGUACACGCUGGCCUCCUCGCUCUGCGACCAGAUCCACCUGUACGGCUUCUGGCCCUUCGGCUGGGACCCCAACACGGGCAAGGAGCUGCCCUACCACUACUACGACAAGAAGGGCACCAAGUUCACCACCAAGUGGCAGGAGUCCCACCAGCUGCCCACCGAGUUCAAGCUGCUCUUCAAGAUGCACACGGAAGGGCUCCUGAAACUCACACUGACCCACUGUGCUUAGAGAGAGCGACGGAUGACGACAGAGACUGCGAAAGAGAGAGAGAGACAGAGGAAGCAAGGGUGCUAGAAAGAGCCAGAAGGAAAGAGAGAAAGAGACGGGCCUCUCAUCCUCCUCCUCAUCUUCCUCCUCUUCUCGAUCCCACUCUAUCCAGUCCAGUCAUGCCAUACUCUGACAGAGGGGGAGCGGAGUCACACAGUCGCCAUCCUCCUCCCGCUAGCAGACAUAGCAGUUAGCAGCAACAACCAGUGUGCAUAUGAGCCAACAGAGGCAGGGAGGGGGGGAACCGUAUCAGCAAAUCCAUAGAACACAAGGCAGCGUAUCCACUCUAGCUGUGGGGAUUGGUGGAGGAUGCCCUAUGUACAGAGACGUACUGUAUGUGUGCAGCAGAGGAGGCCAGCAGUAAACCAAAUAGCUUCUGCUGUAGAAGGCAACGCAGAUUUGAUUUAGGACUAAAUGCAUAACCUUUAGCUACAGAUGUAGUAUGUUGCCAUUCACAUGCUUUCAGUUUCUUUCUCAGGACCAAAUGAUGCAUAUAGAUUGUAGAAUGAAGUUACGCAACUUAGAUAACAGCAAACAUCUUCUCAGAGUUCCUGCUGGUAUUUAACUUCCUUGAACUAACUUGAAUCCAUAUUAACUGAAAAAUAGAGCGGAAAUGUACAUUAACAUUUAAUGGCAUGUGUUAUUGGCAUGCUUCAGUAAUCCACAAAGGGCCCCAAGGCCCAUUAACAUGCAAACUAAUUCUAUUUAGAUGAUAUGUUUUGAUAGAUAUAUAGAUAGAUAGAUAUAAGGCUUGUUUUCUGUUAGCGAAAUAGUCCGUCCGUGGCCAGGGCUUUGUGUUGGUGCUCUCAUUGAUCCUCUGUGAGAAGUUUGAGCAGAUAUUUGCACCACUGAGCAUGACAUGAGUGUGACCCCAGUAUGCCAGAUUCUCUCUGUCACAGUAUGCCCUCACUCCAUCUAACCUCAUCCCACUAAUGCAUUCUCUGUGUGUGUGUGUGUGUGUGUGUGUGUGUGUGUGUGUGUGUGUGUGCAGCAGUAGAUGUACUUGAAUGUAUGAAUACGUGAGAGUGUCCAUGUAUGCCCUGCCAGGGUUUGUACUUCCCAUGUUUUUGUUUCAGUUGAAGAUUUGCAGAGGAAAGAAAAUCUGAUUUCACACCAUCAGAGGACAUCAUUAAAUACAGAGGACCUCAGGCAGUCCAUAUUUCACAUGUUCAUCUGCAGCGUCGGAGCAUAUCCCUGUGUGUGUGUGUGUG